CGUGAUGUGUGACAACGGUUGGCGAUUCAAGGCUUGAAAGAGCAAAGAGUUCUGGAAACAAAGUGCUUGAUGAUGCAACUCUCCUGUCAAAGAAGCCAUUUUUAUCCUUCUUGUACGUGGUCCAUGCUUCGUCGGCUCGACUCCAGAUCAACACGGGGACCUACCCCCCGGCAAGCCCGCUUGACCCAAUGGACACAUUCUUGUAGAUGCUCCACACAGACAUACCUUCAACCCGCAAUCCUCAGCCAGCCACUCACCCAUUCACCCAUUGUACGGUUCCCCGCUUUGGUUCUUGAGCACGCAAAUCUAACCACUUGAGCCCCACAGAGAUGUGUUGACAGAAUGUCGAUCAAUCCAAUUGACAGGUCGACAGCUGCACAUCGCGCCAAUCUCGCCGCCAAAAGGCGGGUCACGAUGGGUCAACUACAGCUUCAGUCUCGUAAAAUCAUCAUCCACGAUACAGCAACCACCCACCUCCAUGACAUCAGCAACCGUUUAUCGCGCGUAACAAGAAUACUACAACUCCAGAUGAUCCACACGUGUACCAGACCUUGAGCCACCGUUACGUCAACACAGCGAGUCGAGCUGAAACUCCAUCUUGUGAAUCAAUCAUCGUCUCCAAAAUACCAUCACGGCCCGAAUGCCUGCAGAGUGCAUACGAGCUUCGGGGACGACCUGGUCGGCGACCUCCUGUUGUUCGACAAUGAUCUGACGUCGUGGGCAUGUCCAAGGUAGCACAGCACGCCUCGCAGACUCACAGCAUUCUCAGGUUAUAUAGCGACAUUUGGCUUCCCUCCGUCUUCCCCUUGUGGCAUCAUCUGCAAAAUUUACACUUUGAACCCAUCGCACUCAAAUCUCUCUACCUCGUCCACAAUCAUUCAUCUUCAACAUGUCAACCGACUGGACCAACGACCCCAAGGCAGCAGAGAAGACCUUGCAGGACUCUCUCGAGGCCGAACUCAAAACGCACCCGGAUCGUUUCCUCAGAACGGCGAAGGCUGACGGCAAGGUCACUUUCAAUGGCGACAAGAGCCCAUUCUACGCCAUCCAAGCAUAUGUCUGGUGCGGAAUGCUGUACCCCGACAAUGAUGCCGACUUCCAGAAGAAGCUCCCUCAGUCCCGGUUCAAGCCUUUGGAAGCGGUCCUUCCCAAGAUCUACGAGGAUACCAAAGAUGCUCUCGUCGCUGUUUCUUCCUCGUGCCACAAGUUCAGCAGUGGGCCCAUGGAGGGGGUCUUCUCCUAUUCCUCCCUGGUGAAGAAAUACGCCGUCAACGCCAAGACCUCCCUCGGAGCCGACGAUGGCCUCGGCGCGCAGCUCAAGACGCUGACGUCGGAUAAGUACAAGAACAAGGACAGCAUUGACGAUGAUUUCGAAGCGGCGAAGGAGCUCGCGAAGGAAAGACUGGAGGAGCUCAAGUCGGACGCCAAGGAGAAGGAAGAGCAGAGUGAAAAGUUGAGGAAAGACCUUCAAGACUUCCUCAACGAAACCGAGGCCAACAAGAAGCAGGUCACCGCUGUGAAUGACAAGUAUCUAAGCCCGGUGACGGAUUCUGGGGGGAAGCAUUACAAGAAUGCGAUGGUGUACUUGAACCAUGAACUGGAAGACUUGCAGAAGAAGCUCAAGGACGCCAAGGAUGAGGCGGAUAAGCAGAGCAAGGAGUUGAAAGAGGAAGGAGACCCCAAGGGUUGGAAGUUUUGGGUGAAUGUGCUCAGCGGCCCUACGGGUACUUGGAACCUGUACCAGAAGCUCAAAGACUUCAAGGAUGCGUUGGACAAGUGGUCCACCCAGAACAAGGAGACGGAGGAUGUUCUCAAAUGCCAGACUACUGUCACGGCCUUGGAGGCCCAGAUUGAUGAUUUGAUCACCAGGAUGACAAAGGCGGUGGAGGGGAUCCGGUUGAUUCAGGACACCUUCCGGCAUUUGGGAGAGUCUCUUGACCCUGUUAUCAAGGCCAUUGACAAGAUUGAGAAGGGCACGAGUUCACCAUUGCAGGCUAUCCGGAAGUCCAACAUCAGCCAUGGCAUUCAGGAUGCCGUCACAAAGUAUGACGAGAUUAUCAAGGAAGCCGAAGACUUUGCUAAGGCAGCUCAGAUCAAGGUCGUCGAUGCUUAG